AUGCAGGAUACCAAUGGGCCUAACCAUCGUCAAACUCAUGCCUUCGCCUCUGACCAAGGGAUAUCGUUGGCUACUGGAUUUCCAUUCACCUUACCCGGGGUACAUCCUGAUCUUCCAGGAAUUGAUCAGCAACCCUCCAGCAAGCAUAUGGAAAGCGGUUGGGAAGCCAUCAGUGACAGCUUUGCCGUCCGCUUAUCGUUUUACCAAUUAGGCUUUGCAACCUUGGGGCGCAUGCGAGGCUCACUGCAUAGGGAAGGGCAACUCACUUCUUCAAGGAUAGUAUCCACUGUGAGACCCUGGUCAGGUAAGAGCGCGGCGAAUGACGAUUUAGACUAUCUCUCCGGUGCCGUCCACGUUGAUUUCGAUGUCUUGUCCGGUGCAAUGCCGCCGUAUCUUACUCGCCAGGUUCCAUUAGACUGGUAA